AUGAGUAAAGUUGAACAACUUGAAGCUGAAAAACUUGAGCUCAAAAAAGAGCUCGAAGUAACGGAGCAAAUGUAUGCUGAACUUUUUGAUGAGUUCAAAAAAUUGAAAGCUCAGAAUUUGAUUUUGGAGGCUGAUAUUAAGGAAUUGAAGAAGGAGAAGAAGAAGAAGAAAAUUAAACCAAAGAAGCUUAAAGGAGCAGAUCGAUAUUAUAGUUUGUAUUCUGGAAAAGGACCAAUCAAAUUCGGAAAUUGCAACGUGGAAGGACAAUUUUUGGAAUUGAAAAAUAAUUCGAAUCAGGAGGUGAAUAUUGGAUAUUUUGUAAUUAAAAGAACUGUUGGAGAAGCAAUUAUUGAGGUCACUUUGCCAAAAGUUACUAUUAUUCAACCGAUGAGCAAAUUGUUGGUGAGUUUUUUUUUGGAAAAAAAAUAUGUAUGUGUACAAAAGUUUCUUUAGAUUUACGGCAAGAAAUCGCCAUCUCCGAAACUCAAUGUUCCAAAUCUGAUUCAUGAUAAAGUUGAACUUUGGUUGACCGGUGAUAUUAUGGAAACUGUUUUGAUGGAUGAAAUGGGAACUGUAGUUACAUCGAUUGUUCAGAAAUUGAAGAACGAGAAAUAA